AUUACGCUGUAAAACUCUACCGGUUUGCCUUUUAAAAUAUAAAAUUAGGCUUUUUUAAAACCAAAUAUCCAUAGUGAUUUCAAUCGUAAUUUUGUACGUUAUAUUAGCGAUACUAUAGUAUAACAUGAUUUAAAGCUGCAGACCAGCUAGAGAGGUAACGCGUUAGAGAUCGUAAACCAGACAACACGAUAUACUGAUUGUUACUCUUAAUAAUACUUUAAAUUUCUUAAUGUCUACCCUGUACGAAAUUGCUCGUAUGGGUUGAGGAUUAGGGUUGUGAACCGAGCCAUAAUAUACCCAUCGCAUGCAACUAACCAGCUAGUUAACGAGGUGCCUCGCGUCUAGAUUUAUAUAGCAUGAUGAUUAAACUGAAUAAUCGUUUAACAGGUGAAAUGUGUGGUUGUAACUAAUUAGAUAUUAUGCUAAUGUGUGAACGAGAGCUGUUUACUAGCUGAUACAGGCGGCCACUAUGCCCCAUUUUGAAUAUUAUUAUAUUACAUAUUCUGAAUGUUAAAUUCGAAAAAACGUUCCCGGUAACAUAACCCUCCCGUUUAUGUUCAUAAAAGUAAUUCAAAUAAAAUGUUCUGUUAUAAGCGGCAACGCAUGCUGCAAAUCUCAUUUUUUAAAAAAGGAUUUUUAUCCUUUUUAGAAUAACCAGAAACCAUUAACUGUCAGUCUCGGUAUUAGGGCUUUUAAAGCACUUCAUUAUUUUCUUUGCCAGUACCUGGCGUUGUCAAGGCUUUAAUUUAGUUUUGUAAGCAGUUCGUGGCCACUGUAUUUUUGUAGUAAUUAGUUCACAGAUGCCAACUUUUUGCAUUAUACAUUUACACAAACAACAUAUGUUUUAAAAAUAAUUCUGGUUUGGUGUCUGAGCUGUGUGACCUGUGUGUUAAAGUCAGGUGAUAAAAAUGGCAUUGUGUUUCCUAUAUGUUGGUAAGCCAUUCAGGAACAGUGCUCUUACUAAAUUUAAUUGCAGUUUUUGACCUUGUCAAGUGUGAUUUUCAUUGUCUGUUGUUAAAGAGAGAUGCUACCCAUUGAGGGUCAUUUUAAGUGGCAUGACAUUGGUCAUCCAGCACUUUGUUUAUACAACAUGGGUAAUUCGAAUUGCGUACAUUUUCACAUCUGCUGUUGACUUGUAAAAAGACAAUCUGAGGAGAGCUUUCAGUCUUAGGGUAAUACAACAAUAUUGUUGAAAGGGAAGAUAUCUAAGAAUCCUUCUGUUGGUUAUCUUGCUUCUGUUGGGGACAGCUUGAAGAGGUGUGACUCAUGAACUGAAUACGUCUUGUAUCCGCUCUUGGGGAAUUAAGAGUAAUACGCAUGAGGUCAUUUCAGCCCAGGAGAUGUGCGGUCAUCGAUGUUUUUCCACAUUUUUAAUCAAGUAAUCAGCGAAGAAGCUUGACUUGGAGCUUUUGUGAAACUUUCUUUAUAUUUUGACCUUGGCUUUGUUCUUCUUUUUGAAGAUGCAUGGGUAGUUUGUCUUCUGUGAGGGUAUAUAUAUGCACUUUCAUUUUUUGUUUCUUUGGAGCUAGUGUUGUUUUGUGUUUCCCCAGGAGAGCUGUUUCAGCUAAACUGGCAGACUUUUGACUAGGUGGGAAGGAUGCCGCCAAGGCCAUCGUCGGGAGAGCUAUGGGGUAUACAUUUGAUGCCCCCGAGGAUUUUGGUGGACUGUCUUCUACCAAAUGGCAUGAUAUUGACACUGGAGUGCCUCCGUGAGGCUACUCUCAUUACAAUUAAACACGAACUCUUUAAGGAGGCAAGGAAGUACCCUCUCCAUCAGCUCCUGCAAGAAGAGACAUCCUACAUCUUUGUUAGCGUUACCCAAGAAGCUGAAAGAGAAGAGUUUUACGAUGAGACACGGAGGCUAUGCGAUCUCAGACUUUUUCAGCCUUUCUUGAAAGUCAUUGAACCAGUUGGCAAUAGGGAAGAGAAAAUUCUGAACAGAGAAAUCGGUUUUGCCAUUGGCAUGCCCAUCUGUGAGUUUGAUCUGGUGAAGGACCCCGAGGUGCAGGACUUCAGGAGAAACAUCCUGAAUGUCUGUAAGGAAUCUGUAGACCUCAGGGAUGCCAAUGGACCCCACAGUCGGGCAUUAUAUGUUUACCCUCCCAAUGUGGAAUCGUCGCCAGAACUUCCAAAGCACAUAUACAACAAACUUGACAAAGGUCAAAUAAUUGUGGUGAUCUGGGUCAUUGUGUCACCCAACAACGACAAACAAAAGUACACACUUAAAAUCAACCAUGAUUGCGUCCCUGAGCACGUGAUAGCCGAAGCCAUCCGUAAGAAGACCAGAAGUAUGUUGCUGUCACCUGAGCAGCUCAAGAUGUGCGUGCAGGAGUACCAGGGGAAGUAUAUCCUCAAAGUCUGUGGUUGCGAUGAAUACCUCCUGGAAAAAUAUCCUCUCAGCCAGUACAAGUAUAUCAGGAGCUGCAUCAUGCUGGGGCGGAUGCCGAACCUGAUGCUGAUGGCCAAGGAGAGCCUGUACUCUCAGCUGCCCAUGGACACCUUCACCAUGCCGUCCUACGCCCGCCGCAUCUCUACCGCCACGGGCUACAUGAACGGCGAGGCAUCCGCAAAGUGCCUGUGGACCAUCAACAGCACUUUGAGGAUAAGGGUGCUGUGUGCCACAUACGUCAAUGUGAACAUUCGGGACAUCGAUAAGAUCUAUGUUCGGACAGGGAUAUACCACGGAGGAGAGCAGCUGUGCGACAAUGUGAACACCCAGCGAGUACCAUGCUCCAAUCCCAGGUGGAACGAGUGGCUUAACUACGAUAUUUACAUCUGUGACAUUCCGCGGGCGGCCCGCCUCUGUCUGUCCAUCUGCUCCGUGAAAGGCCGGAAGGGGGCAAAGGAGGAACACUGUCCACUGGCUUGGGGCAAUGUGAACCUUUUUGACUAUACCCACACCCUCGUCUCGGGGAAAAUGGCACUCAACCUGUGGCCUGUACCCCAUGGACUGGAAGAUCUGCUCAACCCAAUCGGGGUGACGGGCUCCAACCCCAACAAGGAAACGCCCUGCUUGGAGCUGGAGUUUGAUUAUUUCAGCAGUCCGGUGAAGUUCCCAGACAUGGCCACAGUUGAGGAGCACGCAAACUGGACCAUAUCCAGAGAGCUGGGCUUUAAUUACUGCCACGCUGGCUUGAGCAACCGGCUUGCCCGGGACAACGCCCUGACCGAGAGCGACAAUGAGCAGCUCCGCCUGGUCUGCAACAGAGAUCCCCUGUCUGAGAUCACUGAGCAGGAGAAGGACUUCCUUUGGAGGCACAGACACUAUUGUGUAAAUAUACCUGAAAUUUUGCCCAAGAUUCUCCUUGCAGUGAAGUGGAACUCCAGAGAUGAAGUGGCUCAGAUGUACUGCCUUCUGAAGGACUGGCCAGCAAUAAAACCAGAACAGGCCAUGGAGCUGCUGGACUGCAACUUCCCUGACCCGAUGAUCCGUGACUUCGCAGUUCGGUGCCUUGAGAAAUAUCUGACGGAUGACAAACUCUCCCAGUACCUCAUUCAGCUGGUGCAGGUCCUGAAGUAUGAGCAGUACCUUGAUAAUCCUUUGGUGCGAUUUCUGCUGAAAAAAGCUUUAACGAACCAGAGGAUCGGACACUUCUUCUUCUGGCACCUGAAAUCCGAGAUGCACAACAAGACGGUGAGCCAGCGUUUCGGGCUGCUGCUGGAGUCGUACUGCCGGGCCUGUGGGAUGUACCUGAAGCACCUGAGCAGACAGGUGGAGGCUAUGGAGAAGCUCAUCAACCUGACGGACAUCCUGAAGCAGGAGAAGAAAGAUGAGACGCAGAAGGUGCAGAUGAAGUUCCUGGUGGAGCAGAUGAGAAGGCCAGACUACAUGGACGCCUUGCAGAACUUCACGUCUCCACUAAAUCCCGCCCACCAGCUGGGAAACCUCCGACUCGAGGAGUGCAGGAUAAUGUCUUCCGCCAAGCGACCGCUUUGGCUAAACUGGGAAAAUCCAGAUAUCAUGUCGGAGCUCCUCUUCCAGAACAAUGAGAUCAUCUUCAAGAACGGCGACGAUUUACGGCAAGACAUGUUGACCCUGCAGAUCAUUCGGAUUAUGGAGAACAUAUGGCAGAACCAAGGCCUGGAUCUCAGAAUGUUGCCCUACGGCUGCCUGUCCAUCGGCGACUGUGUGGGUCUCAUAGAGGCCGUGAGAAACUCCCACACCAUCAUGCAGAUUCAGUGCAAGGGCGGCCUGAAGGGGGCGCUGCAGUUCAACAGUCACACUCUUCACCAGUGGCUCAAGGACAAGAACAAGGGAGAAAUGUAUGACCUGGCCAUCGAUUUGUUCACGCGGUCGUGUGCAGGCUACUGCGUGGCUACAUUCAUCUUGGGAAUCGGAGACAGACACAACAGUAACAUCAUGGUCAAGGACGAUGGGCAGCUGUUCCAUAUAGAUUUUGGCCAUUUCCUUGAUCACAAGAAAAAGAAAUUCGGCUACAAGAGAGAGCGGGUACCAUUCGUGUUGACGCAGGACUUUUUAAUAGUGAUAAGUAAAGGAACACAGGAGUGCACGAAGACCAGAGAGUUUGAGAGGUUCCAGGAGAUGUGUUACAAAGCCUACCUGGCAAUCCGGCAGCACGCCAACCUGUUCAUCAACCUGUUCUCUAUGAUGCUGGGCUCCGGCAUGCCGGAACUGCAGUCCUUCGACGACAUCGCCUACAUCCGUAAGACGCUGGCGCUGGACAAGACCGAGCAAGAGGCGCUGGACUACUUCAUGAAGCAGAUGAACGACGCCCACCACGGCGGCUGGACCACCAAGAUGGACUGGAUCUUCCACACCAUCCGGCAGCACGCUUUGAACUGAGGGGGGGUGGGGGACGUGGCCACGAGCGGCAGACUCAAGCCUCGAGGAACGGCGGAUGAUGAGCAAGCCAUCCAUGUAGCCUUCUAAACAACCCAGGAAGACUUUGGGUCGACCUCAGCAUCGCUCCCAACCUGCUGUCGUCUCCACACUCAAUUCUUGCCCCUAGAAAACGUUUGCUGGGAUGGCCAAUGUUUUCGUUUCCCUCUUCUGUAUCUCCUUGUCCCCUUGUGUGUCGAUAUGUGUGAUGGGAAAAAGUGUUCUUUACGGCCUUCGUAUAAAAACAUACCUCUUCCCCCCCCCCCCUUUGUUUUUUAUUUGUUUUCCCCCAGGGGCUUGCGCAGGUAUACGUCUUCCUCUAACUUCUAUGCCUUUAUAUAUGCAGAGAAUGUGUCUAGAGUCCUGAGCAAAACAGGGUAUUUCCUUUGCGUUAAUGAAGUUCUCAACUUUUCUUUAAACAGCUUGUUUUUAUUCCAUGAAAGAGAAUCGGCUGUGUCAGUCAUCGACAGCAGCGUAUGGAUGACACAGUGUCAAAUAUGAGAAAUCAUAACCCCCCCGCCCCACCCCUCCUGAGAGGAUGUUGGGUAGCUAUUGAUUUCAGUCGCUUGUGCAUGAGAGCGCGAUGCAGGGGGGAAAAAAAAACUCAAUGUUCCGUGGUGAAUGCAGUGCAGAGCCUCACGGAAGGCUAACGUGCAAUAGGAGACGACCGGUUCCGUGCGGCGCCGGUUCUGGAGAGGAGCCGAGCAGGCGACCACGGCUCAAGAGGUCGCCGGCGGUCUUCCUACAUCUCCUCCGACUGUGGAAUGUCGGACGCGUGAGAUGCGUGUAAUGCGAUCAGGACGCCGAUCCGAACAGACGGGACCAGUCCCUUCCGAAGCCGAGUCUGGUCCAUUUUUCGAAGUCCGGGAAUGUCAUUCUUUUAAAAGAUUUGGCUAAACCAAAUCAAGACUUCAUUAUGCUGUAAGAUGCAAAAGACUGUAAAAUGGGCCUCAAUACAUUUGCAAAUAUGCCGUUGAUAGGCAAGUAUGUUUGUUUACUUUUCAUUUUGCUAAUACAAUUCAUGGUUUAUAUAAUUGACUAGACCUAAUCCCCCUCCACAGAUAGCUUAUACUGCCUUGUGACUCGCCCCAUUUGUUUAGAAUCUAGUCUAAUAUUGUAUAAAUGGUUGUGGGUGGUGUGCAGAGCCGAUAUGCGCUGUGAAUCAUGGCUACAGGAAGUGGAGUGAGUGCCGACGUAACCUGAAAGCUCAUCUCCUCACACUGAACUCCCCUAGAAGUAUCUGCACUCAGCUUUGGAAGUCCCAGCCAUUUACCUCCCACUGCACUUAAGACGUAGGGGCAUGUGGCUGUCGGCAAACUCGGAGAAGUAAUUUGGCUGGACGUCCACAUGUCCCGUUCAGCAGAAGUUCAGAAACGUCUAGGCUAUUCGCAGAAAGAUACAUUUCAGUUAAGUUUUGCCGACCAGCGCAAAGUAUAACUGGACAGUGACUCCCAGGUGAAUUGGUGGGGAUGUUUUUCCGCUGGAGAAGGACCAACUCAGCAGCCCUGUGCUAACCGAUUCUGUCCUGUGGUUACGCUUGUUGUAAUCGGUGGUGUUACUUUUGGAUGGUUUUUGAAAGUCAGGAGUGACCGUUUGAAACCAAGUUGAGAAGAAUCCACAUUGUUGUUAUUAUUACAGGCCCCUAGGCCUCAACAUCAGACGCAUGUUAUGAAUGGGCAACACCUGCUGUUUCCUUGGUUACCAUUAGACUACCUUCUAUGUCUCUGAGAAGACUUUUAUUGUAUUUGUCAUACGUAAUUAAAAACACGAAGUACUUACUCUGUACAUAAAUCUCAUUUGAAUUUACCUGUGUUUACUGAGCCAAAGUUUAAUGAUGGAUUAUCCAUAUCAAAUGUUUUACCAUAUCCUAACUUGCACAAGGUACAACUGUUCUAUCUCUGAAAAAACCCCUUGUGAAGCAAACACAUUAUUUAUAUUUAGUGAGAUUAUAUGUUUUGUUGUUUCUAACAAGAAAUUGACUUCAUGGAGGGUUACUGUUCACUUGCAGUAUUUAAAAGUGCAGUUUUCGUCAUAAUGGGUUUGUACAGAAAUGUUGUUUGCUAUGUAAUGUCUUGGAGAAGGUGCAUGUUAAUAUGAUGUGGAGUGCAGUUACAUUUAGGCAUUUCUUUAAAUGAAGUUAAACUUAAGACCAACUGCAAUAUAGUCAAAGGGAAAGAGACCAUAGAUUUUUUUAGAAUGCCGUUUCACACACAAACAGAGGGUCUGGGGCAAUCCGUGUAUAAAUGCUGUGCUUGUGUCGAGGCGUGAUGCUGAUGUCAGCAUUGUUUUCGUGCUCUGCUAUGAUGAAAAUAAGUGUCUUUACUCAGCCAGGACAGACCAGCCAUUGCCUGGAUUUGCCAAUAUUCAUAAGUGUAGGCCAGCUAAUCAAUUCCAGAAGGUGUAUUUCAGUGAUCUAAUGCGGAAAAAAAAAAUCAUGCAAAAUUGCAUUAUAAAUGCAUCAAAUAAGAAGGCCCGGAACUAUUUGAACUGUGAAUUUUUUUCCCCAACAGUACUAGUCAUGUGGUUAAAAUAUACAAUUAUUCCCAACUUCUUAUGCAUUCAUGCGAGAUUCUUGCAAUUUUGCAUUUUUUAAAAUACAAAUGUGCUCUUAUUUAGUAAACCAUUUAAUAGCUAUUCAGUUGAAACUGAAGUGUAUAGGUGUUUUUGCACUUUGUAACUUUCCCCCCGUUUUUUGUAAAAUGCAUUCUAUCUAAAGGGAUCCUGUAGCUAGUUAUUUGCAUGUUUGCUUAAGCGACAUCAAUCGUCAUACGCCGUGUUAUGGGUCAGACACGUGGCAAGAGGUCAUUGUACGCUCAUUAUUCCCCAGUCCAUAAGUCAGAGCAGUGGGUGUCCGUCUGUUUGGGUCGACAACAUUGGACUGAACUUGUUUCAAAGGACCCCCAAGAUCCCAAGACAACACACUGAAGAGAAAACAGUAAAAAAAAUACCCUGCUAGUUCUGAGAAGAUACUCUUACUUGAAUUUUACUGUAAACCACCUUUCCCUGCUUGUCACAAGAAUAAAUGUUGUAACUUUGUGGUGACAUAUUGAACGUUUGUUUAAAAUGCUAUUUCAUACCGAUUGUGAAUGUUUGAGGAAAAAAAGAAAUCGACGAGUAGUCAAGUGUCCCAAAGCAGGUGGGCAGCGUGAAAACUUUUACUCCUUUAAUGCCAAACUUAGGCCAGGCUCUGUAAGUGGAAUCCUCCCAUGAACAUUUCAGGAAACCUUAACCAGACACUCACGGCGUCGUUUGAAGAAAACCGUUUGAACAGGCUUUAUGAAUUGUUUACAGCAGAUGCCCCUAAGUAAUGUUAAUCAUUUUUUUAAACAUGAUUGUACUGCUAAUAACAGGCCAGAAACAAACAAACAAAAGGUAUGAAACCCCUUUGCAUGAGAGUGAAAUAGCAGCACAAUUUCAGUCUAUUCUAAUGUAGAGCUAUGGAUGAUAUUUGGCCUAAGGCAGCAUUAUGUAGUAAAACACUAACUACUACCUUAAACAGCUUUUUCAUUCCUGUCUGUUAUUCAUUGCUGUUUAAUAAAACGAUCGCUUUGUACCCAGUUUCUCAAAUAUUGUAUGUUAUAUAAAUGUACAAAUAAAUUUUAUUUCAAAUGCA